GAGGAGCCCUGCCUUCAUGCCACUUUCCCAUUCUCCAGCUUUGCCGAUAUCCUGUUUGUGACCAUCCCCUCCCAGAACAUGCUGGAGUUCAACCUGGCCAGCGAGAAGGUCAUCCUCUUCUCGGCCCGAGCUCACCAGGUCAAGACCCUGGUGGACGACUUCAUCCUGGAGCUGAAGAAGGACUCUGACUACGUGGUCGCGGUAAGGAACUUCCUGCCCGAAGACCCGGCACUGCUGGCCUUCCAUAAGGGCGACAUCAUCCACCUGCAACCCCUGGAGCCUCCUCGAAUGGGCUACAGUGCUGGCUGCGUUGUCCGCAAGAAGGUUGUGUACCUGGAGGAGCUGCGGCACAGAGGCCCCGACUUCGGUGGAUACCCCCGGGUCCCCCCAUCCAGCCUCCAGGCCUCCCAAAUCUGGAAACCCUAA